AUGUGCGCUAACAUCCCUGAAUUUGAUUCUUUUUACGAGAAUGAAAAUAUAAAUUACAACUUAGAAUCGCUCACACCAUUAAACUGUGAUAUCAAUUCGCCCUUUUUCCCCAUUAAUAACAAUGACAUCAAUGUUAACGCUUACAAUGAUGAAAGUUUAACUUACUCCAACUUUUUGUUAUCUUAUAAGGAUAAGCUGAGUGCUACAACUAAUAAAAACAAUAGCAUCAAUAAUAAUAGUAAUAAUAUUAAUAAUAAUAGUAAUAAUAAUAGUAAUAGUAAUAAUCUACUCGGUAAUGGUAUCAGUCAGAUGGCUUUUUUACUCGAUUACCCCUCUACUCUCAAUGAGCCGCAGUUUGCAGUAAAUUGUAAAGACAUUUACAAAAAGGACAUAUCGACACCCUCCUCAUUAGUAUCAAGCUUGCCAUCUGCUAAAUUUUCUUUAUCCUUAUCGAAUUCGCCUUCUCCUCCUCCUCCUCCACCAACGUCUUCCUCUUUGGAGCAGAAGGAAACAUCGACUUCUAAUACCAGCACGAUCGGCGACACAUUUGCCGAUCCUAUCACAUUCGAAAAGGAGACUUUGCCCCAAACACAAGAGUUGACCUUAGAAAACCUGAACAAUCAACUGAACUAUCCUGAUUUUACGAUAAAUGCCAUUGAGCAAGAUCCUGUCCCAUCUUUUUCGUCAUCAUCUUCAUCUUCAGAAUCAACGGCAUCUUGCGGCAGGAAAAGGAAAGCCUGUCAUGAUUCAUUCACAAACUCGUCGCCUUCUUCGUCUUCUGAGUCCAAGAAAAUUUCCGAUUCAAGAUUAUCUGCCGAAGGUUUGGCGAAAGUGCUAAACUUAGAAUCUCCCGAAGAAGCCUUAAAACGAGAACGGUUUAUAUUGGGUAUUUUCCAGAAUGAACUAAAUUACCCGCUAGGUUACAAGACGUGGAUCAGGGAUACUACAAAAGAAUACAGGACGAAGUUGAUCAACCAACUGCACGAACGAGUGAAGGUAAAAUACCCUGAAUACAACCAGUCCAUAUUGGAAACUAUUAUUAGGCGAGGUACCUACUACAUGAUGCAGAGCAGGUUGAGAAGGGAAAGAAGAAUGAAACUUAAAGAACGUAAAAGAACAACCUAA